AUGUCUCUAACCAUUAGCGCACCGAACACAGUUAUCUUCGACCCGGACAUCUUGCUCACUAUUGCUUUAGCAGAUAGACCUCGUCUGCAUAAACAGCUUAAUGUUUUGCUGGAUAGGAAGGUGUCUGAUGCUACAGAGCUUACCUACUCCUUGAAAGUUCUUCUCAAUAAAAAUUCGAAUUUGUUAGGUUGGCAGUUUGAUUUCCGGUCGUGCACUAUUUAUAUAGUAGUAUUCUCAGAUAACCUAGGUUGA